GUGAUGAAAGUACAAGUGAAGCAAGGCUGGCUGCAAGGUGACAGGCGCGUGGUGGUGACAAAAGAUGGCUAUUACUACAGCUUUCAAGGCGUGCCCUACGCCGCACCGCCCGUCGGCAAGUUGAGAUUCAAGGCGCCUCAACCUCCGCUACCCUGGGAUGGAGUACGGAGCGCAAUCGAGCACGGCCCAGUAUGCCCUCAACAAGACAUCUUCACCCAAGAGCUCAUACCAGGCAGCGAGGACUGCCUCUACCUCAACGUAUACUCCCCAGACCUCGAGCCUAACAAACCUUUCCCUGUCAUGGUCUUCAUCCAUGGAGGUGGCUACAGAAGCGGCUCUGGAAACGACUCCCACUACGGACCUGACUUCUUAGUCAAACAUGGUGUAGUCCUAGUCACUAUCAACUACAGAUUGGAAGCCUUCGGAUUCCUAUGCCUUGACACGAAAGAUGUCCCUGGGAAUGCUGGUAUGAAGGACCAAGUAGCAGCCUUAAAAUGGGUCAAGGAAAACAUUGCUAAGUUUGGUGGUGAUGCUUCUAGUGUGACUGUUUUUGGUGAGAGUGCUGGCGGAGCGUCUACUUUGCUGCAUGUGUUAUCGCCGAUGUCAAAAGGGUUAUUUAAAAGAGCUAUUCCAAUGAGUGGUGUGCCAAUUUGUGACUGGUCUGUCGCCUUUGAACCGGCUAGGCGAGCUUUCACGCUUGGAAAAAUUCUCGGAUUUCAAACUAACGAUCCGGAAAAGCUUCUCGAGUUUUUGCAAAGUGUUCCUGCUGAUAAAUUAGUGCUGACCAACCCCUGCGUUGUGAGUUUGGAGGAAAAAGCUAACAACCUUUUGAAAAUGUAUCACUUCACACCCGUAGUAGAGAAGAAUCUUGGCCAAGAGUAUUUCAUGAUCGAAGAACCAUUAGAAAUUUUGAAAAAAGGAACCGGCAAUGAAGUAGACGUAUUCAUCGGACAUACUAGUGAAGAAUGUCUCAUUGGACUAGAAUCUUUUGAAAAGUUCUUAUUGAACGAUUACAAUACAUAUCCAGAAAUAUUGGUACCGAGGGAACUUCUCUACAAAUGCAGUCCGAAGACCGUUUUAGAGCUGUCUGAUAAAAUACAUAAGCACUACUUUGGAAAGAAACCGAUAAACAAUGAUAUAAUGAAGGAGUUUAUAAAAUAUGUCAAUGAGGCUUGUUUUAUUUAUAACAUACACAGGACUCUUGAUCAUUUACCCAAGAUUAAGAACAGCAAGACAUACUUCUACAGGUUCUCUUGCGUUUCUGAAAGGAACAUAUUUGGUGCUGCAGGUGCGAAGUACGGAAUCUCCGGGGCUAGUCAUUUAGAAGACUUGAUGUAUCUGUUUCAGGCCAACUUUGCAAACGUGCCAAUUGACAAGAAUGGCAAAGGAUAUCAGAUGAUCCAGUUAGCGUGCAAGGUUUUCACCAAUUUUGCUAAAUAUGGUACCCCCACUCCCGAUGCUUCAUUAGGCGCUGUGGUUCCCCCUUACAGCAAUUCUAAGAGCUACGUCGGCAUCUCCGAUGUCCUUCAAAUAGGACAAUCACUGGACGCCGACGUAGUGGCCUUCUGGAAGGACGUGUUCGAUUCAGCUGACGUCGAAUUUUGAGAUUUCUGUACCUCUUUUCUGGUACUCGAAGAACAAAU